UAUGCUGCGCCAUUCGAUUAGGCUUAUCCAAUCAAAAUUUGAGGCAAAAAUGAUUUCGGUAAAUCAUAAAUCAUUAUUUCUUAUCCUCUUUCUCUUGAAUAUUUAACACAACUGAAAGGAUGGAUUACGAAUCGACUCAGCCUAAAGAUUUUUCGUACUCAUUCUGUUUAACUAAAGAUUUAAAUACUCCUUUAACUGUCCGAAUUUCAGUCCUUGAAGGAAUCAGAGAAAAGAAACCAUUUACAACAUUACUUGAUGAUCCUACUUUGAAGUUUACUGGCGUGCAGACUAAUGAUUUUUCUGAUUUAUAUGUAACUUGCCAAUUAUAUGCAGACAAUAAACCAUUGACCAUACCAAUUCGAACUUCAUAUAAAUCAUUCAAGAAUCAUUGGCUUUGGAAUGAAUGGCUUACAAUUCCUAUAAAAUUUUGUGAUUUACCCAUUACUGCUCAGCUUGUAUUCACAGUAUGGGACAUUUAUGGACCACGUAAAGCUGUUCCUGUAGGUGGAACUACAUUUCGACUUUUCGGAAAGCAUAAUAAACUAAGAAAAGGGAAGCACAAAUUAUAUCUGUGGCCUGAUGUUGAAGCUGAUGGUCGUGAUCAUACGACUACACCAAGUAAGAUCGGUGAAGUAGAUGAAAUGGAUCGGUUAGAGAAACUUGUUAAAAGAUAUGAUAGAAAUGAUAUAACUAGACUUGAUUGGUUGGAUAAUCUUGCAUUUCGGCAAAUUGAGAAAAUUCACAAAGAAGAAUCUUCAAAGUCAAAGAAACUAUAUUUAUAUAUAGAUUUACCCAAAUUCGAUGAUUUUCCAAUAGUAUUUAGCGAGCCGGAAUACCCUUUACCUGUAGCUCCAACUCCUCCGGUAAAUGGACAAACACAGCCUGCAUUAUUGACUUCGUCAUCUGAGUCAAAUAUGGUUUUAAUUGUAGAUCCAGAAAUUAAUAGAGAAAACCCGGUUGAAGGAAAACAUAGGCGUUUGGUGAGAAGUCAUCGAAACGGACCACUCGACCGAGAUUUAAAACCGGAUGCUAAAACACGUGAUGAACUCAAUGGAAUUUUGAAAUAUCCUCCUACAAAACCUUUGACAGAAAAAGAAAAAGAUUUACUCUGGAAUUUCAGAUUUUAUCUUACGCGUGAUAAGAAGGCACUUACAAAGUUUUUGAAAUGUGUUGCAUGGUCAGAUUCAACAGAAGCUAAGCAGGCUGUUGAGUUGCUGCCUAAAUGGGUUGAUAUUGAUUUGGAUGAUGCUCUUGAAUUGUUAGGAGCUAAUUUUAAGGACAGAUCAGUUCGUGGAUAUGCUGUUAGUCAAUUGAAGAAGGCUGAUGAUGAUGAACUAUUAUUGUAUCUUUUGCAACUUGUACAAGCUUUGAAAUUCGAAAAUAUAAGUGAUAAGUCCAGUUCAUCAAGUUUGGCAGAAUUUUUGAUUGAAAGAGCUAUUAAGAACCCGAUACUUGGAAAUAAUUUUCAUUGGUAUCUUAUGGUUGAAUGCGAGGAUGGAAAUAAAACUGUUAGCAAAAUGUAUGGUAAAGUUGAUUAUCGGUUCAUGACAGAGAUGACGAAGAUCGAUCAACGAAGAGAAAUUCUUCGUAGACAAGGAGAAUUAGUUCAAAAUUUAUCUUCUCUUUCCAAAGAAAUUCGUAAUAUGAAAGACACAAGACCGAAAAAGAUUGAAAGAUUGAGAGCUAUAAUAUCAGAUCCUAAAAAUGGACUCCUACAAUUUCCUCCUUUACCAUUACCCCUUGAUGCACGUAUUGAAGUAACUGGAAUUAUUCCUGAAAAAACAAGUGUUUUCAAGAGUAACUUGUUCCCAUUACGGUUAACUUUCUCUUUGGCCGAUGGUGGCGAGUAUCCUGUAAUGUUCAAAACUGGAGAUGACCUUCGUCAGGACCAACUUGUCAUUCAAAUCAUUACACUUAUGGAUAAGUUGUUGCGAGUAGAGAAUUUAGAUUUAAAAUUGACACCAUAUAAAGUCCUCGCUACGGGCGCAGAUCACGGCUUAAUGCAAUUCAUCCCAUCAUCCUCAUUAGCAAACGUAUUGAGCGAAUAUAAUGGUAGUCUUUUGAUGUUUUUAAAAGCACAUCACCCAGAAGAAAAAGCUGUAGGAACUUAUGGAGUUAGUCCCGCAGUGAUGGAUACUUAUGUUAAGAGUUGUGCCGGAUACUGUGUCAUUACAUAUUUGUUGGGAGUGGGUGAUCGGCAUUUGGACAAUUUACUACUUUCACCUGAAGGAAAUUUAUUCCAUGUUGAUUUUGGAUUUAUUUUAGGAAGAGAUCCAAAACCUUUCCCUCCACCAAUGAAACUUUGUAAAGAAAUGGUUGAAGCAAUGGGUGGAGCAAAUUCCAUUCAUUAUCAACGAUUCAAAAGUUAUUGUUAUAUUGCUUUUAACAUCCUCAGGAAAAGUGCAAAUUUGAUUCUUAAUUUAUUUGCUUUAAUGGUUUAUGCGAAUAUACCCGACAUUAAAAUUGAACCUGAUAAGGCUGUCUGGAAGGUCCAAGAGAAAUUUAGAUUGGAUCUGACGGAAGAAGAAGCCAUUAAAUAUUUCCAAAAUUUAAUUAAUGAUUCAGUUAGUGCAUUAUUUCCGCAGGUUAUUGAAACUAUACAUAAGUGGGCCCAAUAUUGGAGAAAGUAGAAGUAUACAGUAUAUAGAAUAUAUAAUAUUCAUAUUAAUUAUUGAUUAUUUAUUUAAAUAUACUAGAGACAUCUGUUUUCAAAUUUGUAAAUGUAACUAUAAGAAUUAAAUUGACAUUAUUAUUAUAGUAAUAUUAUAAAAAAUAUUACAAUAUUGAUUUAAUAAGAAAAGGUAAUAUGG